UUCCUUUUAUAUGAGAGAAAGAAUAAAUCUCUUCUUCUUCUUCUUCUUCUUCUUCUUCAAACGCAGACCCUAACCCUAGUUGUGAUAAUCCAAUCAACAAUCCCACUAUGCCAGAAAUUAUUCAAGUGCAAGUUGAGGGAUCUUCUCCUAACCCUGAUUGUGAUAAUCCAUCAACAAUCCCACUAUGUCAGAAAGUAUCCGAGUUGGCGGAAAAAAGUUUUUUUCUUCUAAUGAAGAUCUCAGUUAUCAAAUCUCUUCUCGUAAUCAAGAUGAAUCUUUCCGCUACGAAGAAAAAAUCUCCGAUUCACUCUUAUUGUAUGAACCCUGCUAUAAAUUAUCCUCUUAAUAUUCCUUUGACGAUGAAGAGUUCAUUUACCCUAACCCUAACCCUAACCAUAUUCGUAAUGAUCCUCAUACUAUGUCACAACUUCUUGAAUAUUUCUUCAAUGUGCAAAAUCAAGAUCAAUCGUUCCUAUCUAUGGAGAAUAUUACUGAAACCGCGAUUGAUAGUUGGAAACUGAAUAUAGAAUGGUUGAAAUCAUGUGUUUCUUACUUGAGUAACUCAAUUCAUGGUUUUGAUGACUUGAGUGAUGCUGAGAAAGGGAAACACAUAAUCGAACGGUUGUUGUUUUCUGAUUUGAAAUUGUCUUGUGCUGCUGGUGGUGUGCUUCCUAAAAAUGUUGAUACUUUGCAUGACGUUAAUCUUCCUGGUCCGUUUGUUCUUCAGGUUAAUGAGAUAGUUGAUGUAUGUAUACCUCCAAAAGAUAGGUUUCUGGAUCUACCUUAUGGGCUAAGGUGCCUUAAGUUGUCUAUGACGGAUGGUGUUCAAUGUGUAACUGGACCGGUAUGGAGCAGAGAUGUAUCAAAGAUCUGCAAGUUGCAUCUCCUGUGGGUUUGAAGGUUCUCAUUCAUAAUGUCAAUGUUCGGCAUGGGUGUCUAAUGCUGGUGCCUGAAGGCUUGAAAGUACUCGGUGGAAUGGAAGAUCUAUCUGUGGAAGAGAUUGAUGAUGCAACAUCCGUUUGGAGAUGCAAGAAACAAAAAAAAAAAACAUUUCAGGAACCAAAGGAAAAGGAGGUAUCAAAUGCUGAGGCCGACGACGAAAAGGCAAUCCGGGGACUAGUGUCAUCUAUUAUUUAUGGGAAAGCGGUACCGCUGUCGGAUGAUGAAAUGAAGGAGUCUGAUCUGGAAUCACUGAUUCAUUCACUCUAGAGGGAGAAAGAGUUAAUUAUGUGUGACUACUCGAGGUUUAGCUGCUGCUGCGAUAGGGAGAGACAAGAGAAUCACCUUUGUUCUGUUUUGGUAUGUUUAUAAGCUCAGAGUGGCAUGUGUGAUAUGAAGAGCUCGGGCUGUAUGAAAUGGUGAUGAAACCGGACAAGAUUCCUGAAGAGGUGGUGGACACUCUCUAUGAUGAAGCAUUCAUAAAACACAGGAUACAGUCCCCGUUUAUUCAGAAAGAGAAGGGUACUGAAGCUAAUGAAGCUACACAUCCUCGCAUGCUUCAUACAACAGUUCGGGGAAGUUUUGAAAUUCUAUUACGGUACUUUUGCGGAACAAAUGAGAAUCAGUCUUAAAUCAUGUAUUGAAAGGUUGAUAAUAAUAAAAUAGCAUUUAUUUACUAAAAUAUAUCCUUAUGUUAAC